AUGGACUUGUGUGGGCCUGUUCGUAUACAAAGCAGAUCAGGUACUGAUAAGAAGCAUAUUCCUAAAAAUGAGAUAAUUGUUCCUGAUCCUAUUCCUCAAAGGGAACAAGCAGAUGAAGGAACCAAUGAGAAGACAGAAGAAAAUCACCUAAGAAUGAACAAUGAAGAACCUCAAGCAAGGAACAAGAACAAGAGGGUCGGUGCAAUAAAAGCCACUGUAUCCAACUUGGACUCUCAGCAGCAGCAGGGCUUGGCCGCUAUCAAGCAGGCAGACACUGGGACCAGGAACAAGGUUGAUGGUGUGGAGGAGUCAGGACAGUUAGUUGAAUUGUGCAACGAGGAUAACAUUGUUGAGGAAUGUGUAAGUGGAUCAUUUACAUCAAAUAAUACAUCAAAUAAUAAGGUUGAUGUUCCUAAUGUUGGCAUGGUAUUUGGUACAUGGGAUGAGAUUGACGAAUGCUUUGUGAAAUACGGGAAACAAGAGGGUUUUGGUGUUCGUAGGGUAGGUGGUGGUAGUAGUAUGCAAAAGAAAGAGAAGGUGAAGGUUAUGCGUAAUUAUACGUGGAGAUGUGAGUGUGAAGGUGAACCAGACAGGAAGCGAACGGUGGAUGGUAAGCGUUUAACAGUUGGGAAAAAGGGUGUGGACGUAUCUAGUAGGAAGACGAAGAAGUGCAAUUGUCCUGUGAUGAUAUAUGCUAGUGUAAAUGAAGAAGGGUUAUGGGAAAUAAGGAAAGCAAUAUUACAACAUGAAAAUCAUAAUUCUACACCUAGCAAGGUUAGAAACAUAAGCAAAUUUCGACAAGAAGAAGUUAGUUGUGCUGUGCGGAGGAAGUUGUUUAAUGAUAAAGCUGCUGGAGUGAGUAUAUCUCAGAUACACAAAUCCAUUGCUACGGAUAGGAAUGGACUCGAGAAUACGCCAAUAACUGAGAGGGACUUGCGUAACAUAGUAGCAAAGGAGCGUAGAUUGAAAUUUAAGGACGGAGAUGCUAAUGCCAUGUUGAGUUAUUUUAACAGAAUGACAGAUGAUAACCAACAAUUCUUUCACAUGCAUCGUUUGGAUGAUGAAGGUCACAUGAAAGAUGUAUUGUGGGUUGAUGCGAGAAGUCGUGCAGCGUAUGAGUAUUUUAGGGACGUUGUAUGUUUUGACGCUACUUACCUUACUAAUGAUUAUGCACUUCCUUUUGCUAAUUUUGUGGGAGUAAAUCACCAUGGUCAAAGUAUAUUACUAGGAUGUGCUUUAGUAUCUCACGAAGAUGCUGAAACUUAUACUUGGGUCUUUAGUACUUGGGUGAAGUGUAUGGGUGGUAAAGCGCCUAAUUGUUUUCUUACCGAUCAAGAUGCUGCAAUGAGGAAGGCGUUGGUGAAUGCUAUGCCCGACACUAGCCACCGUUGGUGUUUAUGGCACAUUCUUAUGAAGUUUGGUAAGAAGCUGGGUUUGUAUAAGGAGAGGAUGAUGUGGGCUCCGGCAUAUAUGAAGCACAUAUUUUGGGCUGGUAUGAAGACGACGCAACGUUCAGAAAGUAUUAAUAGUUUUUUUGACGGUUAUGUGCAUAAGAAUACGAAGCUGUGUGAUUUUGCUGAACAAUACUGCAAUGCUAUGGAGAGUAGGGCAAAUUCUGAGAAAGUAGCAGAUGCAAAUAGUAUUAGGUACGUAAGACAACUUGCUACUGAUUGUAAAGCGGAGGUUGUGUUCCAAAAAUUAUACACAGAUGGUAAGUUUAAGGAAGUGCAAGCGGAGUGUCUCAAAAUGUUGUAUGUCCAUUGGAGAGGGGUUCAAAAAUUAACAUACAAUAUAGAGGAGCACACAUUUGCAGAUAGAAUAUGGGUUAUGUGCAAGGAUACUAAGAAGGAGGUACCUACGAAUAAAGAAGGAACUAUCGGGUGA